CUUAGCAUUCCAGGUGUUCACUGCAUAAAAGUCGCGACAAGUCAGAUCGAAAGUAUUUUUGUCACUGACUCGGACUGUUCCAAACGGAAGAUCUCAACCAGUAACUCCUAAAUAGCGUCAAAAAAAUGCACAUCAGAAGAAAAUCUGCCACCAUUCAAAUAUGGGAGAAUGUUUUCAACUUUCAGCAGAGGAAUUCUUUUGAGGGAAGGAGCAAGAUCGAUGAGAAAACUGACAGAAUCAACAAGACAAGCGAACCACAUGGAGAGACCCAUCGCAAAGAGGACGUGUGGAAAAGGAUCCGGAAGUCUGUCUCGAAAGUAUUUUGCAAGAAGUGUAGGAACGAGGGAAAAACUGUCCCUUACACGAGCUUGCCCCGCUUGGACUGCCUGUCUUUAAGCGAGGAUCAACUAAAAAGGAGUCAUAAGAGACUUCGGUUUUGGUUAAAACGAACAGAACAGGAGGACCACGUUUUCGAUUACGAACGAUGUGAAGAAAGCGACGAAGAGGAUUGUGAUUCAAUCGUCGUGCCGAGAAGAGAAAGCUGGGAGAAGAGAAGAAUGGCCAUUUGUAAAGAGAUUGAGCGCAACACUGCAGUUGCGUUUAGAUCUAGAAGCACCUCUCUCUUGGAACUGAGAAAGACUCUGGUAAUCAAUAACAGGUUCAAAGAGAUGGGGCUCUGACGAAGACAAGGCUUGCACAUAUUCUAUUCAAAGACAACAUUAUGUAUAUGUUAUUGUAAAGUAUCUUGAAGUGAUUCGGAUGAGUUUCACAAAUAUGUAUUGAGAGUUUACGUACGGAGAAUGUGAUGAAUUUAUGGCAUUAUUUAUCCCAUAUAUACUGAGUCAAAGGUAAAAAUAUUUGCGUUAUAAAGAUAUUUACUGAGAAAGUCGUUUGAUCAGCUGAUCAUUCAUUAAUAUGUUGUAUGAAAUUUUAAGAGCUAUUCGGAUGAUCGUAUGCAGAGCAGACGGCCUCGGAGCUGCCGGCAGGAAGCGUAGAAAAGGUAUAUAAAUUUCAUAUGGGUUGGCAUUUGCCGAAAUGCAGAUAUUUUGGCAAAGAGCACUAAAUAAAUUAAACGUGAAACAAUUAUUGUUAA